GGCCACGUAGUCCACGGAGGACUGCUGCCAUGACCAUGGGCCGGAGCCUUGUCCUGCAGUCAACUGCCAUUCUGACACCGGCUUGUGGGACUGCAGGCAGUGGCCUCGGAGUCCCGGGAGCCUGCUGUCACUGUCCCACGUGUCCUAGUGGAGAGGGCUGCAGAGUGGGGAUGCUCCCAGGAAGGGAGGAGGAUGUGCUAGCUGCAGUGGGCUGGCGGCCAAGUGAGGCAAAUGUGGCCGGGGCCUGUGGCCUCUUGCAGGUGGCAGGGGCCUCCCCAGCCCCAUGCCCUUUUUGGACACCACACUGCAGUCCUUAGGCGUCUGGGCCAAAGCAGACUGGAUGGUGGAUCAGCCACACCCAGCCCCUGGGUGGGCCUUCGCCCGCACUUCCACUGUGCAGGGUGCCGGGGCUGGGCCCCCAGGGCAGGCCCGGGACCUUGGCCGCCAGGCAGGCUGGGAGGGCUCCCAGCAGCUUUCCUCUGAGAGCAGACGACUUCCACUUCCCUCUGCCCCGCCUCCUGGGCCGCCCUGGCUGGGCGAAUCAGAAGGCAGCCACCAGGGACUGUCCCCCUGCGGGAGGACCGGCUGGGCCUCUGUGGAGUUGCCCAGAACCAUCAGGAAGUGCACAGGCGUCCCGCUGGGCUCCACCCUCCCUCAGGCCCCUGGCCGCCAGCAGCACCUCCUGUUGCUCAUUGAUCGGGGUGGCCCAGGCUGACCAGCGUCCAGCUGUGUGGGUGCCCCCUCGAGGACCCUGAGCCGCCCUCCCCGACUCUGGCCGACCCUGCCAUGUCGGACUAUGAGAACGAGGAGGAGUGCUGGAGCGCCCUGGAGGGCUUCCGGGUGAAGCUCAUCUCCGUCAUCGACCCCUCGCGCAUCACGCCCUACCUGAGGCAGUGCAAGGUCCUGAACCCCGACGAUGAGGAGCAGGUGCUCAGCGACCCCAACCUGGUCAUCCGCAAGCGCAAAGUGGGCGUGCUCCUGGACAUCCUGCAGCGGACCGGCCACAAGGGCUACGUGGCCUUCCUCGAGAGCCUGGAGCUCUACUACCCCCAGCUCUACAAGAAGGUCACGGGCAAGGAGCCCACCCGUGUCUUCUCCAUGAUCAUCGACGCGUCCGGGGAGUCGGGCCUGACGCAGCUGCUGAUGAGCGAGGUGAUGAAGCUGCAGAAGAAGGUGCAGGACCUGACGGCGCUGCUGAGCUCCAAGGACGACUUCAUCAAGGAGCUGCGGGUGAAGGACAGCCUGCUGCGCAAGCACCAGGAGCGCGUGCAGCGUCUCAAGGAGGAGUGUGAGGCCGGCGGCCGGGAGCUCAAGCGCUGCAAGGAGGAGAACUACGACCUGGCCCUGCGCCUGGCCCGCCAGAGCGAGGAGAAGGGCGCCGCGCUCAUGCGCAACCGCGACCUGCAGCUGGAGAUCGACCGGCUCCGGCACAGCCUCAUGAAGGCGGAGGACGACUGCAAGGUGGAGCGCAAGCACACGCUGAAGCUCAGGCACGCCAUGGAGCAGCGGCCCAGCCAGGAGCUGCUGUGGGAGCUGCAGCAGGAGAAGGCCCUGCUGCAGGCCCGGGUGCAGGAGCUGGAGGCCUCCGUCCAGGCUGGGAAGCCAGAGAAGAGCAGCCCCUACAUCCAGGUGCUGGAGGAGGACUGGAGGCAGGCGCUGCAGGACCACCAGGAGCAGGCCAGCACCAUCUUCUCCCUGCGCAAGGACCUGCGCCAGGCCGAGGCCCUGCGCACCCGGUGCAUGGAGGAGAAGGAGAUGUUCGAGCUGCAGUGCCAGGCCCUGCGGAAGGACUCCAAGAUGUACAAGGACCGCAUCGAGGCCAUCCUGCAGCAGAUGGAGGAGGUCGCCAUCGAGCGGGACCAGGCCAUUGCGACGCGGGAGGAGCUGCACGCGCAGCACGCCCGGAGCCUGCAGGAGAAGGAUGGGCUGCGGAAGCGGGUGCGGGAGCUGGGCGAGAAGGCCGACGAGCUGCAGCUGCAGCUGUUCCAGUGCGAGGGCCAGGUGCUGGCCGCGGAGGGCAGGCUCAAGCGGCAGCAGCUGGAGACACUCGUCCUGAGCUCUGACCUGGAGGACAGCUCACCCAGGAAUUCCCAAGAGCUCUCGCUCCCCCGGCACCUGGAGGAAGACACACAGCUCUCAGACAAAGGUGGCCCGACAGACAGGGAGAGCCCAGAGCAGCCAUUUGCAGCUCUGCAGAAGGAGCGGCUUUCACUGGCCUCCAACGACGCAGGCCUGAGCGGCGGGGAGCCCCCCGAGAAGGAGCGGCGGCGCCUCAAGGAGAGCUUCGAGAACUACCGCAGGUGGGCGGCAGGUUGCCCAGGCAGGAAGCGCGCGCUCAGGAAGAUGCAGCACGGCUGGAAACAGGGGGAGGUGGACUGGGAGAACACCACGGGCAGCGACAACACCGACACCGAGGGCUCCUAGCCGGCCGUGGGAGGACCCCGCGGCGAGGACCGGGUGCACGCCGGCGCCCGCCCCGGACUGUCCCAGCCGCGCGCUCUCUCUCUGUAACGCACACCUCGCCGCGUGUUAGCAAUGCAGCUCCGUAAAUAAACGACCGCGGUCGGUCCGGGCACCGCCGCCUCCGAUGGAUGGCCUGGCUCCCGCGCGCUCCUUGCAUCUCCGCCCGC